CACAGAAGUGAGCAAAGGAUUUAAAGAUGAAUACAAGAGUUUUUGUUGUGGCUUGUUUGGCAGUGUUCUGUAUCCUAGAGGUUUGUCAAGGAGGAGACCUCAGAAAGAAAUUUUACAGGAAAUCAUGUCCUGAUGCCGAGGAGAUUGUAAGGACCAAAAUCCAGACACAUGUCUCUGCAAGGCCCGAUUUGCCUGCCAAGUUGAUUAGAAUGCAUUUUCAUGACUGUUUUGUCAGGGGUUGUGAUGGCUCGGUUUUGCUGGACUCCACUGCCACCAACACUGCAGAGAAGGAUGCCAUACCCAAUUUAUCUUUGUCUGGCUUUGAUGUCAUAGAUGACAUUAAAGACGCAUUGGAGACAAAAUGCCCUGGAAUUGUAUCUUGUGCUGACACACUAGCAUUGGCAGCUAGGGACGCUGUUUCUGUCAAAUUUAAUCAGCCUACGUGGGAAGUGCUCACCGGUAGAAGAGAUGGCACAGUAUCCCUAAGUAGUGAAGCCCUAGCCAAUCUGCCAGCACCUUUCUUCAACUUCACUCAGCUCAAACAAAGCUUUGCUAAUAAAAAGCUUACUGUGCACGACCUGGUUGUGCUAUCAGGAGCACACACAAUUGGGAUAGGUCAUUGCAACUUGUUCAGUAACAGACUUUUCAACUUCACUGGAAAAGGUGAUCAAGAUCCUUCUUUGGAUCCCACUUAUGCCAACUUUUUGAAGACAAAAUGUCAGGGUCUGAGUGACACCACCACAACAGUAGAGAUGGAUCCAAACAGCUCAAACACCUUUGACAGUGACUAUUACUCUAUCCUUCUCCAGAACAAGGGUCUGUUCCAAUCAGAUGCAGCCCUUUUAACAACUAAGAUUUCAAGAAACAUUGUCAACGAAUUGGUCAAACAAAACAAGUUCUUCACAGAGUUUGGGCAGUCAAUGAAGAGAAUGGGAGCCAUUGAGGUCCUCACAGGUUCGGCUGGGGAAAUUAGGAAGAAGUGCUCUGUUGUCAACUCUUAAUUAAGACUUGUUUACUUGUUUUAAUUUCCUAUGUUUCUAUUUCUACAUUUUUUUUUGUCACAAUUUAAUGCGGGUUGGCAAGCCGUUAAAUUCAAAAUUUCUUUUGUUAUAUGCCUUCAAAUUGGAGUGAGAAAUUUUAAGAAAAAAUAAAGUGAUGUACUAAUCUGUUGUUGCUUACAAAUCAUUAUUAGUAAGUUGUUGAUUUUUAUAAUAAAAAUAAUAAUUUUUUUAUUAA